AACGUAGGAGGACGUAUCUCCACUUUUCCUUGCAAAUAUUAUCACAACCCACAAAAAAACAAACAAAAACUCACUAGAUUAAUUGCUUCCUUUCUCCAUUUUCCUCCCUAGUGGCCUCAGAAACUCUCUCACAGGACAAAAACUGUACAACCUGUAAGGGGUUCGGUAAUCAUGGCCUCAACUUCCUCCUCCACACUUGCACUCUCCUCCUCAUCCACCCUUGUCGAUGCCAAGGCUCCUCGCCAAUCGGCUGCUGCAUCGCCACAAUGUGUGACCCUUCCCACUCUGCCUCCACCACCUAUUCAGUCACAGAACCGACCAUGGAAGAGCACUGCUUAUUGCCGUAAGAUUGCUCGCAAUGUGAUGGCCAUGGCCACUGGAGAGGCACCAGCAGAAGUUGCAGCAGCUGAGCUGCCAGAGAUUGUCAAAACAGUUCAAGAAGCUUGGGACAAAGUUGAAGAUAAAUAUGCAGUGAGUUCACUUGCAGUAGCUGGGGUGGUUGCGCUGUGGGGAUCCACUGGGCUGAUCUCGGCAAUUGAUAGGCUUCCUCUUGUUCCUGGGGUUCUUGAGCUUGUAGGCAUUGGCUAUUCUGGGUGGUUUGCAUACAAGAACCUGAUUUUCAAACCAGACAGGGAAGUUUUGAUACAGAAGGUAAAAGAUACUUAUAAGGAUAUAAUUGGGAGCAGCUAGAGGAACACCAAUAGGGAAUGCUGCUGAGAUGAGGUGAACGUUUGGGCUUCGAAGCAUAUAUAUAUAUAUCUUGCAGCAUUGUCGUUAAGACCAUGGAUCCUUCUGUUGUCAUAAGCUUCUAACCCAUGUAAUAUGUACCUUCUCUUGAAUAUGCAUGUAACUAUUAUAUUACAUUUCCCCCUUUAGUGCCAAUCAAUUCCUUUCUCAUGUUA